UGCGCCACAGUCCGGAACCUGUGCGCGCCGGCGGUGGCAUUUCCGGGGGGUGAGUUGGCGGGAGGCCGUGCGGGGCGGAAGUGGGCGGUGCGGGCCCAGGAGGAGCCGCGCUGGGGGCGCGACCUGGCCGAGCUGGAGGCUGCGGGGGAGCGGGGCUCGGGUGGCCCCCGAGGUCCUGGGGAGCGGGCUUCGGGGGCGUCCGCGGCGCCGCCUGGGGAGCGGAGCAGCGAUGGUGCGCCGAGCCAGGCGGGGGCUGGGGCCUCGGCCAUGUUCGCGGGGCUGCAGGACCUGGGUGUGGCCAAUGGUGAGGACCUGAAGGAGACCCUGACCAACUGCACCGAGCCGCUUAAGGCCAUCGAGCAAUUCCAGACAGAGAAUGGUGUGCUGCUGCCCUCCCUGCAGUCAGCUCUGCCCUUCUUGGACCUGCACGGGACUCCACGGCUGGAGUUCCACCAGUCGGUGUUCGAUGAGCUGCGGGACAAGCUGCUGGAGCGGGUGUCAGCCAUCGCCUCGGAGGGAAAGGCUGAGGAGAGGUACAAGAAGCUGGAAGACUUGCUGGAGAAGAGCUUUUCCCUGGUCAAGAUGCCCUCCCUGCAGCCAGUGGUGAUGUGUGUCAUGAAACAUCUGCCAAAGGUUCCUGAGAAGAAGCUGAAGCUGGUCAUGGCUGAUAAGGAGCUGUACCGAGCCUGUGCAGUAGAGGUGAAGCGGCAGAUCUGGCAGGACAACCAGGCGCUCUUUGGAGAUGAGGUGUCUCCACUGCUGAAGCAGUACAUACUGGAGAAGGAAAACUCACUCUUCAGCACGGAGCUCUCUGUCCUGCACAACUUCUUCAGUCCUUCCCCCAAGACCAGACGCCAGGGUGAGGUGGUGCAGAAGCUGACGCAGAUGGUGGGGAAGAACGUGAAGCUGUAUGACAUGGUGCUGCAGUUCCUGCGCACGCUCUUCCUGCGGACCAGGAACGUGCACUACUGCACGUUGCGGGCCGAGCUGCUCAUGUCCCUGCAUGACCUCGACGUGGGUGACAUCUGCACCGUAGACCCCUGCCACAAGUUCACGUGGUGCCUGGAUGCCUGCAUCCGAGAGCGGUUUGUGGACAGCAAGAGAGCCCGGGAGCUGCAGGGAUUUCUCGAUGGUGUGAAGAAGGGGCAGGAGCAGGUCCUGGGGGACCUGUCUAUGAUCCUUUGUGACCCCUUUGCCAUUAACACAUUGUCGCUGAGCACCAUCAGGCACCUGCAGGAGCUGGUCAGCCAGGAGACGCUGCCCAGGGACAGUCCUGACCUCCUUCUGCUGCUCAGGCUGCUGGCACUGGGUCAGGGGGCAUGGGACCUGAUUGACAGCCAGGUCUUCAAGGAGCCAAAGAUGGAAGUGGAGCUCAUCACCAAGUUCUUGCCGAUGCUCAUGUCCUUCGUGGUGGACGACUACACAUUCAAUGUGGACCAGAAGCUUCCGUCCGAGGAGAAAGCACCAGUCACAUACCCGAACACGCUUCCUGAAAGCUUUACCAAGUUCUUACAGGAGCAGCGCAUGGCCUGUGAGGUCGGGCUGUACUACGUCCUGCACAUCACCAAGCAGAGGAACAAGAAUGCACUGCUGCGUCUGCUGCCCGGGCUGGUGGAGACCUUUGGCGACCUGGCCUUCAGUGACAUCUUCCUCCACUUACUUACCGGGAGCCUGGCCCUGUUGGCUGAUGAAUUUGCCCUGGAGGAUUUCUGCAGCAGCCUCUUUGAAGGGUUCUUUCUCACCGCCUCACCCAGGAAGGAGAACGUGCACCGGCACGUGCUGAGGCUGCUCCUCCACCUGCAUGCUAGGGUGGCCCCAUCCAAGCUGGAGGCUCUGCAGAAGGCCCUGGAGCCCACAGGCCAGACUGGCGAGGCUGUGAAGGAGCUCUACACCCAGCUCGGAGAGAAGCUAGAGCAGCUGGACCAUCGGAAGCCCAGCCCUGCGCAGGCCACUGAGACGCCCACCCUGGAGCUGCCCCUCCCCAGCAUGCCCGCCCCAGCUGGGCUCUAGGCUUCAGGCUCUGCAGGACCUACUCCUCAGGGACACGGCCCCGGUCAGCCAGGAAGGGGGCGCCUGGCCCCAGCGACCCCAUAGGCAGCUGCCCCUCUCCAGCCCUCCACCCACCAUGGCACCCACUUGCCACCCCGGGGCCUAGCCCUUUGCCCUGGCAGAGGUGGGUGGUGAGGGUCAGGAGGGGAGGAGCAGGGCUCCGACUGGCCCCACUCUGAGCCGGGCUGAGGUUGGGCACUGUGCUGGCCAGAGCAGGGGUUGCUGGCUACAGUGUCUGUGGGGCUGGAGAUGCCACUGGGAAGCAGCCCCGGGGUGCACUGGCCCCUCAGGCAGCACCUCCCCUGAAGGGCCCUGCCUCAGUUUACUCACUGACUGCCGCUUGCCCAGCUGUGCUGUGACACUGGGCCGAGCAGAGUUCACACAAGGGCGUCUCCAUGGAUGUAAAUAAAGACAUUUUGAUAAA